GGAUGGGAAACCAAUUGGACAGGGAACCAUUUCCCACGUCACCGUUCCUGUCAGAAUGAACGUCAGCGCUCUGCACUCUGAGGAGCUCAGUGUGUCCUAGGUUAUCAACCUCCGCUCAUGCCAUGGUCAGCUGAACCUUCUGAUAUCCCUGCAGUAGAUCAGUGGAUGCGCCGUAGCGAGGAGGUGUGGGAGGAGACUCACAGACGUAUAGAAGCCGUGUUAGAACAACACAAACAGCAGGCUGAUCGUCAUCGUCGUGAGGCCCCGCUCUACUCCCCAGGAGAUCGCGUUUGGCUAUCUACCAGGGAUUUCCGGCUCCCCGAAGGCAACAAAAAAUUAUCACCGGUUAUCCCUGGUCCGCUGGAUGAGACCUCGCAUGGGAUGCUGCCUCCUCCGCCUGUGCUCAUGGAUGGUGGACCCGUCUACGCGGUGGAGCGCCUGUUAGACUCCAGAAGGAGGAGGGGAGCCCUGGAGUACCUGGUUGAUUGGGAAGGCUACGGACCUGAGGAGAGAAGCUGGGUUACUGCAGCAGACGUCCUUGACCCAUUGUUGGUGGAAGAAUUCCAUCGGUCGCAUCCGUCUUGUCCAGCACCACGCCCUCGGGGUCGUCCAAGGAGGAGGUCUCCUGACCCUGGAAGGGGUAGGCGCUAUAGGUCUGCUGCUACUCGGUCUCUCAGUUCCGUCCGCGGCUCCAGGAGGGGUCGUCCCAGGACCAGGGGUCGUCCCAGGACCAGGGCUCCUGUUCAGGCUAUCCCCGCUUCGGGUUCUCGUGUCCGUCGGGCCUCCGGGCGGAGAGGGGCGGUUCCUGUGUGUCGUCCUCGUCCUUCGGUUCUUUCGGACUCCUCGGGGGGAGGUGAGUCACCUCUCCUUGUUUAA